GAUCGAUCCCCCCCAGUGUAGACCAGGCCUUAGUAUGGAAGUGGUUAUACCUGUAUAAAGGUGCUUAUGUAGCUUAUUCCUGUAAAUUUAGGGGAGAAAGCUAUAGUGUGAUAAAGCACCUUUGUACCACAAGACACCUCUACCCCUGUAUAAUACGACCCGAUAUAACACAAAUUUAGAUAUAAUGCAGUAAAGCAGUGCUUGGGGGGGGUCGGGGCUGUGCACUCUGGUGGGUCAAAGCAAGUUUGAUAUAAUGCAGUUUCACCUAUAACAUGAUAAGAUUUUUUGGCUCCCAAGGACAGCGUUAUAUCAGGGCAGAGGUGUAAUUGCAUUCAUAUUAGGGAGUUGUGCUGAUUUAACUAUUUUGGUUUUUUUAAAAAAUCGCAACCCUAACUGAAACAGUUAAAUUGGUGUAAAAACUGUGUGUGGACUAGGCCUAAGAUUUAGAACAAAACAAAAAUGAUAGCAUUAUAAAAAUAAUUUAUCUUUGAUCAUAUUGCUCAUCCACUUGAUAUCAAAACUCCACCUUUGGAAGGAAAGUGUAGUUUGGCUCAAUAUGCUCGCAUUUUCAUGGGUUUGUGUUUUUACAAUGCAUAUGUCUGCAUUUGGUUAGUGUAUAUCGAUAGUGUCUGAUCAUGCAUACAUUUAUAUUUGGGAAGUGUAUAUCAUUAAACUUCUAACUUUAUCGGCUGCAUGUGUGUGCACACAUGUGAAAACUGUAUUACCUACAUGUGUGUGAUGCAUCUGUACCUGUGUGUGUUCACUUGGAAGUGUGAGAGUCAAGGAGGAGGCAUCUGUGUGUACUUCGCAAAGUGUCCAUCGUUAGGCACACGGGUUUGCAUGCUGCACCGGUGUAUGUAUGCAUUGGGUCCACACGCCUGCAUCGUUCUGUGCUGUGACGCGGGAACACGGCAUCUGUGGGUAUGGAUUCCCGCGCGCGUGGACGGUGCAGCGUGUAGCUGCUCUCUGGGAGCAGCUGCUCUCUCUCAGGCGCGAUGCAGCAUGCAGCCCCUGCAGACGCUGUGCUCCAGUCACUCUGCAAAGCGAGGCUGUGAUCGCCACCCUGGCCAGUGGGCGAAGGGCUGGAAAGUGCGGGAGAGGAAAGCCGGCUCUCUGCUCGUCCCCCGGGCUAGCUCGGAAUGAGCCGCUGCUGUGAUGUGCAAGAUGUCUUUCAAGAGGGAAACACCGCUCGCAAAUGCUGCAUUCUGGGCUGCAAGGAAAGGAAACCUGGCUCUUCUUCAGCUGUUGUUGAACAGUGGGCGAGUAGAUGUGGACUGCAGAGACAGCCUUGGCACAACAGCUCUGAUGGUAGCUUCUCACUAUGGCCACAUAGAAUGUGUGCGGGAAUUGGUGUUACAAGGAGCAGAUAUCAAUCUGCAGAGAGAGUCAGGCACAACUGCUCUGUUCUUUGCUGCACAGCAAGGCCACAAUGAUGUUGUGAGGUUUCUCUUUGAAUUUGGCGCCUCUACUGAAUUUAGAACUAAAGAUGGCGGUACCGCUCUGUUAGCAGCUUGUCAGUAUGGCCACACACGAGUGGUGGAAACUCUAUUGAAGCAUGGUGCCAACAUACAUGAUCAACUUUGUGUGAGUUCAUGGGAAGUAAAUAUAAACACCAUGGAUGGCGCUACUGCACUUUUUCUGGCUGCCCAAGGCGGUUAUCUGGAUGUCAUCAGAUUAUUAUUAUCUUCAGGAGCAAAGGUCAACCAGCCAAGGCAGGACGGGACAGCUCCUUUGUGGAUAGCAUCUCAGAUGGGUCACAGCGAGAUAGUGAGGGUAAUGCUGCUCCGGGGAGCUGAUCGAGAUGCCACACGGAACGAUGGUACCACCGCUUUACUUAAAGCUGCUAACAAAGGGUAUCAUGACGUUAUAGAGGAAUUACUCAAAUUCUCUCCUGCACUUGGCCUGUUGAAGAAUGGGACUUCUGCUCUCCAUGCAGCUGUUCUGGGUGGCAAUGUUAAAGCAGUAGCACUUCUUUUGGAAGCAGGAGCAGAUCCUUCUCUUAGGAACAAGGCAAAUGAACUGCCAGCAGAACUAACGCAAAAUGAACGCAUCCUCCGGCUCCUCCGGGCAAAAGAAAAGCACAGGAAAAGCUAACCCAACCACUGUGUCAGAUGUGGUUUGACAGAGAGGAGCCAUGUCCACGCUGGCACUAAAGCAAAUCUGGUUUUGAAAAUGGCUUAUUGAACCUGUUUGCAGAAUUGAUUUAGCAUGUCCAAGAUACCACUCUGUGAAUAAGGUCAGCCUUCAACACAGAGCAGGGGUGCACUAAAGCUUCAGUUUUGCACCAUUAAAUCUAAGAGGAGUUUUUGCCAUGGGCUUCAGUGAGAGCAAGAUAGGGUCCUAAAGGCCUGUUUGCACCACAACCCUGUCUAUACUUGAAAAUCCCAGCAUUCCCAUAAAUCCUAAAAUGUGUGUACUACACCUUAUAGCCACACACAAGUGCUCCAACCAUUUCACAGGCAUUCCCACUAUUGUUAUGACUGCACUAGCUGAGAUCAAGUCUUAAUGCCUCUUUGUGCACCUGUUCAGUUUGAACCAUUCAGCUUGUAUAGGUGGGAAGCACACAUGUUCUAGCUGCACUGGUUCAAUUAAUCUCCUCAGCACAGUCCCACAAGGCUUCAAUGCACCCUUCAGGCUUUGACAGUUUGGAGACCAGGCUAUGUCCACCUUCCUCCCUGCUGCCAUUUCAUGCAGGCCUGAGAGAAAGUGGAGGGGUGUUCAUCUGAUCUCAGCUGUGCCGAAUAACUCCUUCCCUGUUUGCAGCCACGUGUAGGGCAGGGAUAUAGGACACAAACCAGACUAUUUAAAUAAAAACUUUAAUUAGAACAAGGAAUUUUUUAUUGGCUAGUAGGAAAAUAACCCACAACACAAUGGGGAAAAGUUAGGGAGCGCAAACACCACAGCAUCUACACACCCACACUAGAAACCUCAGUUACAUAUGUAAUGGACGACCUUACUCUGGAGUUGGCAUGGCUCUGAAGUAACUGUUUCAUCUGUAUCUCAUAGGUGCUUGAGACCUGAAAAGGGGACUUCAGUGAAAACAUAUCCCAGGCUACUCCACCCCCAUCCCAAGUGAAUCCUAGUUCUCUUGCUUACCAGCACAGGGAGGUAAAUAACUUCUGGUUCUCCCCACUAUCCUUGAGGAUCAGAACAUAUGCUAGAGGGGUGACUACCUGAGGUGGGGGAGAAGGAUUGGAAAAAGUGGCUGUGUACCAAUGGAUACCUCAGAGGGGUGUCCUCCCUCCAGCCCCUGGCCUUGACUGCUCUGUUUGGAUUGUAGAGGGAGACACAAGAGAAAAGGUAGCUGUUACUUAAGCAACAACUCAUUAAAACGAUCCAAAACUUUACAGUUUACCCCAAAAGUUAUCAAGCAAAUGAGAGCAAACUCGUCUCCUCCUCAGAGUAAACUCUGACCUGUGUAGUACCCCAAUCCAUCCAACAGUGGGUAUGGGGGCAGCUGGUGGCCUUCUGCAGUGUAAUUCCCUUUCACUCCUAACAUAUGCUCAAAUCCAUGGACGGAACAGAAUCACUGGAAAUAGUCACUGGGCAAACCAAACAUAGCAUGUUGUUAACAUAUAUUUAGCUGUGAAGCCUACUCGUGUGGGUGUUAUAAAUGUACAGUAUACAUUGUACACACAAACACGUGUAUACGACACGGUUUGGUGUUCACCAGCUACUAUACAAUGCAGCUGCUGCAGGGACCUGUGCCUGGAAUUAUGGGAGAGGGGCCACUAUGAGCAGGUACAUCAGCAGUUGGUAGGCCAUGUGUAAUGUGGGCACAUUAUACUCCUGAGGGCAUUCCGUGCCAAAAAAAUUAAAAAUUCUGUGCCAAAAAAAA